AUUUGUUUAUAGCGCUUAGGUUACAACAGCAGAGAGAAAAGAGGCAGCAGGCAAUCGAAAUAAGCACUCGAUGAGCAAGCUGCAUGGUCGAAACUAUUUCAAUAAAGUAAACCUUUUCUUCAACGCAGCGUAGAACUACUAAAACCAUUCGCAUUGAUAAACUCGAGGGGUGUAUAAUAAUACAAAAAAAAAAGAGCCAAAAUGGUUGUGAUGACAAAGAAGAUGAAGAACUUCGAGGUGGUUUUCAGCGACCCCAGCAAGACUUACUCGAGCGGAGAUAAAGUGGCCGGGCGGGUUUUGGUGGAGGUCGCCGAGGUGACCAAGGUGACAGCGGUGCGAGUGAUCGGCAUAGGCUGCGCCAAAGUGGAGUACGCCAAGGGCAAGCAGCGCUGCCGUGAAGACGUGGACUACCUCCGCUACGAGGACACGGUCACCCUGGAUGACCAGCCAGCAGAUGCCGAUGGUUCAGUGAUACUGAGACCCGGGAAGAAAUACGAGUACAAAUUUGGAUUUGAGCUUCCACAGCAAGGGCAGCUGGUCUCCUCCUAUAAGGGGAAGUUUGGCAGCGUACAAUACUACGUCAAAGCCUUUCUGGAGCGUCCCAGUCAACCGUUACUGGAAACCAGGACCAACUUCGAAGUUGUGGAGCCCAUUGACGUCAACACACCAGACUUGAUGUCACCCGCCACUGGGACUAAAGGAAAGAAGGUGACUUGCAUGUUCAUUUCAGACGGACAGGUGUCACUCAAUGCCAAAAUCGACAGGCGAGGCUUUUGUCAAGGAGAGGACAUCACGAUCGAUGCGGACUUUGAAAACUCCUGCUCUCGCAUUGUGGUGCCCAAAGCGGCCAUCAUUGCCAAGCACACCUACCAGGCCAACGGGCGCACCAAAGUCUUCCAGCAGAAGCUGUCCUCCGUCCGGGGGAACCACAUCAUCUCGGGCAUGUGCGAAACCUGGAGGGGCAAGACCAUUCGCGUGCCCAAGAUCAAGCCCUCUAUCCUGGCGUGCAACAUUAUCCGGGUGGAAUACUUCCUCAUGAUCUACAUCCACAUCCCUGGCUCAGACAAGCUGGUCCUGGAGCUGCCUCUGGUCAUCGGCACGAUCCCAUACAGUGGCUGCAGCAGCCGCACCAACAGCAUGAGCAGCCAGGAGGGCAGCAGCGCCAACAACAGCUGGGUGUCCCUUCGCCUCCCUGAAGCGCCUCCAAGUUACUGUGACAUCGCCAAAGACUGCCGCAUGGAGAGCCCUACCACGCCACUGCUGGACGACUACGAUGGCAGCGACAGCCCUCUCUUCAUGUCAGCACCGCAGUUCCAGUUCUGUCCACCCCCAGCCUACUCUGAGGCUGACGAAGACUGCAAUGACAACGCUCUGUAGAUUUGCUAAUCAAGGGGUCGCUUAGCAACUUUCUGCCGUGGGGUUUGCACAACCUUUCUCGGCACAUUUCGGGGGAAUUCCGACAUGUCCUGUGACCGAAGGCCAGCCCGCGCCUUGGUCUUGAGAGGCAGGCUGGCUUUUUUUGAGAAGAGAAGGAGGCCUGCUUGACGUCACCCUGUGUGCCGACACAAGUCCAGAAACUUUCUCAGCCAGGGUCUAUUUGAUGCUCUGAAAAAAAAAAAAAAUAGAAAAGAAAGGCCUAUAGCUGACCGUUUUCUUUUUAUUUCAACAUUUAGUUUCACAUCUGUUUAAUUUCUAAAGAAAUCUAGAAACUAGAAUUGUGAACCAAAGUAGUACUGAAGGCUGAGGCAUCAGGCCCGAAGCCCCAGUCUGGAUUUAGCGGCUCUGCCCUCUCUUUGCUGCUUCCUUGGGGUUAGCCGUCCAUGCGAAUCAUUGAAGUCAUUCCAGUAAUCCUGUUUUUACAGAGGACAUGCAUUAAUGGCUGUGAGGGGGUUGAAAGGAGAACUACAGAACCGAAGGGAUUUGAGUAUUUCCUAGUCAAGAAAGCAGCAACGGUCAUGUACAGCAAAAGAUAUUUGAAUUUGUAUUCAGUAAGACUACCAGCAACAGGGUUUCCUCUUUCGUCAAUCAGAGGGAGGGAGAUCUAUUACUUGGUCUUCCAAAGUUAUUGUAAAUCAGUGUUUUCUUAAUUUGUUUUGAUUGUAUUACAGCACUUUCUAACGAUGCAAAUUGAUCUAAAACUGCCUGUCAGGAAAGUGACAAAUUCCACUAUUUAUCUUCUGGAUUUUGUUACUGUUUUAAAAAUAUUAUAUAAACAGAGUCUUGUAUGUCUGAAGAUGUUUUUUUUUUUUGAUGGUCAGAGCAAUGUGAGUUAAAAUACUUUUUAAAAUCUAAGGGAAACCAUUUAGGAAAAAGGUAGUAAAUACCCAAACUGAAGACGCCUCCAGUGCCAAAUUUGAAACUCUGCUUAAAACAGCAUUCAUUUGCUCUGACAAAUCAACAGAAAUAAAAUAUGUACCUUGCUGUGUCUGUAUUGUUUGAGGACUGCUCUCAGCACUGCUUUUGUCAUUGGGUGAAUCCGAACACACGUUUAGAUGUUCUCGUUUUGAAUCUGUGAAAAAAGAGAUUUUAAAAU